AUGGCGUUGCUAUCGUACAUCUAUUUCUUGGUGUUGACGGGCCCGUCCGAGAACUUCACCGCCAACGUGGAAGUCCUCUCGCGGGGGCUCAGUUGCGGACAGGAGAAGGUGGCCAACGAGACGCGACGAAUGCUCGACAUCGCCACGUCCCCGCUGAAAGCGGUCUAUGACAAAAUCAAGAAACUCAUGAAAGUUAUCCUGGAUUUCGGCGCCCUGAUGAAGAAAGCAUUUUUGUCCAUCAAAUCGCUCUUCAGCGAAAUUUGUAUGUACCAGUUCUUGACCUCUUAUCGAAACAAAAUUGGAGCCAUUCGGCGUGCGGUGCAGUGGCUCUACAAUCUGGUGAACGUGUGCAACCGGCGCAUGGGGGAGCCUUACGAGAAGUGCCGGAAGCCGCUGAACGACGCCCACGAGGACUGCCUGAGCAUGAUGCCCUCCAUCCUGUCCUGGCUCUGCUCGCCGGUCAAGCUGGUCGAGUACGUCUGUUACGUCGCUAAAGUAUACAAAGAAAUCGGAGAACUUCGCGGGAGCGUCGUCAUCGAAUCUUUAUCUUGGAUGUCUUGUCCUCCACGCAGAAAAGCAGUUACGGACCUCUUCGGAGAGGACGAGCUCAUGACCAUCAAGGACGAACUUCUAAAGCAGCGCGAGCUGGAAGGCCUCCUGCCUGAACAAGAGGAAUACCUCGACAACAUGAACCGCCUGGAAGUAUGUCAGAACGAGCUCAAGGCCACGCUGGCACAGAUCGAAGUCAUUCAAAAAGAAAUCAAGGUUCUGUCGAAGGAGUGUGAAGAGCUGGCACAACUCUACCAAGACAGAGACAACCUUUUGGACACCAUCUUCGGCGGAUCGUCAGGCAGCGAGCUCGAGGGGCAGCUCGCACUCGACCUGGAGAAGCUGCAGAUCUGCAAGCAGCAGGUGGACCACACGCACUUCAAGUGGUCUCAGGCCCUGCUCAUGGUGCGACAGGCCUGCGCGCAGCUCUCGCGGGCGCUCAAGAAAUGGCGAGACUUGGCCUCGAUUCCGGAAAGUGACAACGAGAAGAGAUACUACUGCGUAAAAGAGACGAGGAACAACCUGAGCGCCGCGCUACAGAACCUGCAGGGAUCCCAACGGUACCUGCACAACAUCGAUUUUCCCUACUGCACGCCCAGCGAGAUCGAGACGGUCUACAAGGCUGUCACCUACAUCUUCACGGACAUGAAGACGCCAGACCGAUACGAACACGCGCUGAACUGCUACCACACAACGUACAGAAGAGCGGGGGCACUGAAGCAGUGGAUAGAGCUGGUGAUCAACAACGUCAUCAACCACGACCUCGACAUUCUGGAAGAACGAUGCCACGAAAAAUUCGCCCAACUUCGGAAGGAGAGGGUACGCCUGAUACAACAGAGGAUGAAGAACAACACGGGCAAGGACGUAACCCUCGUAAACGGAGACAGCGGAAUGGAAAACGACGCGGACGACACCUUCAAGGACGGACAGCCAGUACAGCUGUUCCGGCCAGAAAGAAGUCUGAGCAGGGAAAGCUCGAUGACUCCCGACACCAGUUCAACCGCAGGUCCGACUCCAGUUCCCACGUCUGACCUGGCUCCGAUGCCACCGACCGAGAAAAUAUUCGGGAAAGUGGUUGAGCUGCGUCACCAGCAUCACGAACAGAUGAAGGCACUGAAGAAAGUGCAGGCACUGCGCCAGGCAAGGCUCAGCAAGGCUCUGCAGCGCAAGAUCGAAGCUCGCCGCCACAGAAAGAGUGUGACGCCCCAAGUUAGGGAAGCGUAACCACCGCGUGUGCGCUGCUUGCAACAAAGAGUAGACGUGACAACUAAAUUAAUUUGCAAAA